UGUGUCUUGAAGUCUGCAGUCCGUUGCUUGGAGCUCAUCUUCGAGAUGGAGGCGAGGAGAGGGCUUCCUUCACUGAUCUCGUCGCAGGAAGCGGAAGGCGAGAGGGAGAACAUCGCCUCUGAUAUCACUCAGCUUAUAGGUUGGACGCCACUUAUAGAAUUGAAAAUAAUUGUGGAAAAAGAGGAAAUAAAUGUAAGAUUGAUUGCCAAGAUGGAAGCAUACCAACCCCUUUCCUCUGUGAAAGACCGAAGUGCUCUCAGAAUGAUAGAAGAUGCAGAGGAGAAGGGCCUGAUAACACCUGGAAUUACAACGUUGGUGGAGCCCACAAGUGGAAAUCUUGGAAUUGGUUUGGUGUACAUAGCUCUUCGGAAAGGUUACAAGUUCAUUGCAGUUAUGCCAGGUCAUUAUUCAAUGGACAAAAGGAUCCUAUUGAGAUAUUUGGGUGCUGAAGUGUCACUGACUGAUCCUAAAUUAGGCUUUCAGGGAUUGGUUGACAGAAUAGAGCAACUGAAGGAGAAAAUACCAAAUGUGCAUGUGCUUGAUCAGUUCACCAAUCCAGCGAAUCCCGAGGCACAUUUCACUGGAACUGGACCGGAAAUAUGGAAAGAUACAGCGGGCAAGGUAGAUAUUUUUGUAUCUGGUCCUGGCUCGGGUGGUACUAUCACUGGUGUUGCCAAGUAUCUCAAGAUGAAAAAUAAAGAUUUGAAAAUCAUUUGUGUUGAACCUACAGAGAGUGCAGUUAUUUCAGGUGGAAAUCCAGGCUCACAUAAUAUUCAGGGGAUAGGAGCAGGUUUUAUUCCAAAGAACCUGGAUACAUCUUACAUCGACGAGGUUAUCACUGUGUCCACUGAAGAGGCAAUGACACAGGCAAGAAGACUGGCAAUUGAAGAAGGAUUACUUGUUGGUAUAUCUUCAGGAGCCAAUUUAGCAGCAUGCCUAAAGAUCGCUCGUAGAGCAGAGAAUGAGGGCAAGAUGAUUGUCACAAUAUUCCCUAGUGGUGGGGAAAGAUAUAUGAGCACAGACCUAUUCGACAAAGUGAGAGAAGAAUGCAUGAAUAUGACUUACUGAAGGAUGGAUUCUUUCAGUAAAUUGUAAAGACCUCUACAGAUAUGUUGUAUCCUACACCAAUUUUUGUUUGAAGCAUGAUACCGAUAUACAACUCCAGUAGUAAGUUCAUACUUCCCCUAAUCUCUGUAUUGUGUGUUUCCAUGGUUGUACCUAGGAGUCGAUAUUACAUAUGUGAUUGGCAACAGGAAACAAGUGUCAGAUGAUGUCCUCAAACCAACUCCCAGCAUACAUCAUAUCAAUGUAAGUCUCUAAGAAUCUGAUUAUGAAAGAAUAUGUUGUAGUUUGUCA